GUAGCGUCUCGUACUGUACUGUACUGUACUGUACUGUACUGUACGUCGCCUCUCAGACCCAACCUGCCGCCGACCGCCGCUGUCGCGCACCGGCCAACCCCGUCUCCGUUGCCCCGCCACCCGCACCGGAAGACUGUAUGGCCGCCCCCGCCUCCGCCUCCGCCUCCGCCUCCGCCGCAGAUCCGGGCACGGCGUUCAAGAUCCUCGUCUCCUGCCCCGACGGCCUCCCUCGCUCCCGCGUUUCAGUUAAGUUUCAUCAGUCAUUCGACAGGAUUCCUCACCCGGAUGCAGCCUUGGAGGAAUCUAUAAGUGAGAUAUGGAACCAAAGGCUUCAGCAGAACCCAUCUCUAUACAGUGGUACAAAGUUUCGGUAUGGAGGAAAUGCCUUGCACGACAAAGAUGGACCCAAUCAGGAGUUCUGUGUCUCGCUUCAUUUGGGUCUCACAGACUACAGGACAUUUGUGGGAACAAAUCUCAAUCCAUCGUGGGAGAAGUUUUUGGUCCCAUCUGAAGAUGAUUCUGUACAUUGCCAACACAUGUCAAAUCCACUUGGCAAUGGUGCGAUUGUUGAGACAUCUGAUGAGAAGAUUAUUGUAUUGCAAAGGAGCUACAAUGUGGGGGAGUUUCCAGGAUACUAUGUUUUCCCUGGAGGACACUCAGAGCCACAAGAAAUUGGAAUCUUGAGUCAUCAAACUGAUGAAGAAGACCUUGCUCAUCUCAAUGGUCGAGUUUCACAAGAAAUGUUUGACGGAAUUAUCCGUGAAGUGGUUGAGGAAACUGGAGUUCCUGCUAGUUCUCUAACGGAUCCUGUCUUCAUUGGAGUUUCUCGCCGUGAAAUGAAUGUUAGGCCAACUGCAUUCUUUUUUACAAAAUGUAACAUUGAUUCCACUGGUGUAAAUGAGCUUUAUUCUAAAGCUCAAGAUGGCUAUGAAUCUACUAAACUAUAUGCAGUAUCAGUGGAAGAGCUGCAAGGAAUGACCCAGCGAAUGCCUGGCUGCCACAAUGGUGGUUUUGCUCUAUAUGAAUUGAUGAGGAAUGCUGCCAAAAGUUCAUGAAGAUGUCAUUUCUUUCCUUGUAGGACUGAAUAAUUCUGAUGGCAUUGUCACAUCAGAAAAUAGGUGUGGAAACACGACGCAGAACACUGCAUGUUCAGACCCAUCAGAUUACUGUUAUUUGCAGUAGAUGUGCCAUUUCCAUAUUUGUUGGACAUUGUCACAGCAGAAGUGCCCAAAGAAAUAAAAGCAUGAAUGAAGCUUAAAUCUUCUCGGAAGACUGUACGGAAGAAAUUUCACGAUGCUAACUUACAUGCAGAGAUGACUCUAUUAGAUUGUAAUGGUAUUCAAUAAGAACAGAAUUCACGGGCAACCUAGGCCUCAGCCUGUCAGUGAGUUCUUCUGUGGGAUCGUGAAACUUCAACAAUACCCGAUCCUAUGCCGAUGCUCUUGAUUUAGUGAUGCGUAUGUAGGAACAGAAGGUGAAACUUAUAUUAGCUUAUUACUCUGAAAAAGAUCCUAUGCAAAGGACCCUAUGAUAUUAUGAUUCAUGUGCGAAAGAAGAGAUACUUGUUACCUUGAUAAUAUACUUCAUGCUAGAGUAUGGAUUCUACAAUUCGCA